AUGGGGCUUGACAUUCUCGAGAUCGACACGACCACUCCCCACCCUGGCGUCACGAUUGACGGCACUACCGCGCAGCGCGAGACAAACGGUGGGUGGGUGACGCUGCGGGCGAAGACGCCGCUGUCGGCCACGAAUCAUCAGUGGGCCAUUCGAAUUAUUGAUCAAGGCGAAGGCGCAGAUGGGUCUGGCUUGAUGAUAGGCCUGCUUCCCCAGCUCAGCACGCAGCUGGCAAGCGCGACCGGUAGCAAGUACAUUUCUGAGCUCGGUGGCUGGUGUCUCUCGCGGGCGGGCGACACCUACGGCGCGUGGAAGUGCGACCGGUUCCCCUACUCGACGGACUGCGUCGUUGAGUUCGACUGGGACGCCGUGACGGGCACCCUGUGUAUGGUGAGCGGGAACAAGAAGGGCACCGGCCACAUCCCCGGCCUCAAAGAGAGCGACGUGCUGUACCCGGCCUUCUCCAUGUACUAUCUGAACCAGAAGGUGGCGUUUGUGUAG